AUGUCUUUUUCUCGCAGUCCUUCACCGAGAACUGGAGGCGGAUGGGAAGGUCCUGGGCUCAGUAAUCCAUACGCAAAUAGUUACAAUGGGUCCGGCACUUCGAAUAAUUAUCAUGACAUCAAUGGCCACGGAGCUGUAACCUGGGAAUCCGCUAGGACAAAGAGCAGAGGAGUCAACAGAUAUUCAACCUUUGCUAUCCAGAAUCAAGGGUUUCUCGCUCGAAACUUCCAAAGACUGACAAAUAGCCUACCACGAUUCAGCAACAGGAUCGACAGGCCUAAUGCAGAGAAAGAGAAGGUAAGAUACGGCCGAUGGUCACCUAAUAAUAGAGGCAAAUUUUUGCGUCUAAAAAAUAUGAUCCGAUGGAGUAGUAGAAAGUCUAAGAUAAGAUUCUGCUCAUUAGUUGGGCUCAUAAUAAUGAUCAUACUAUUUUAUGUCACGCCUGCUAGAUACUGCUGGCGCAGAGCGAAGAUACUUGGAGGUGGUAAAAAGUUUGUGAUAAUCUUAGCUGCUAAUCAGGGAGGCGGCGUCAUGGAAUGGAAAGGCCCACGAGAAUGGGCUAUCGAACGAGACAGCAUAAAAAACAAGAAAAAAUACGUGAGCCGUUGGGGUUAUGACCUUGAGAUUGUGGACAUGAGUACUAAGAAACGCUAUGCUCACGAGUGGAGGGAAAGUUGGGAAAAGGUAGACACCAUUCGUAAUACCAUACGAAAAUAUCCUAGCGCCGAGUGGUUUUGGUGGUUAGACCUCAACACUUUCAUAAUGGAACCGUCCUACUCACUACAGUCGCACAUAUUUAGCCACCUCGGGAAGGUUACCUAUAGAGACAUCAACGAGUAUAACCCCCUGAACAUAACACACCCCUUUAAUGCUUCUUAUUUGGAUACAGAAUCUCUCAAUGUUAGAGGUGACGACAAAGCCAACUCUAUCAACCUGAUUGUUCCCCAAGACUGCUCAGGCUUCAAUCUCGGAUCUUUUUUUGUACGACGCAGUACCUGGACUGAUCGACUUCUUGAUGUAUGGUGGGAUCCUGUAGGCUACGAGCAAAAGCACAUGGAGUGGGAGCACAAGGAACAAGAUGCUCUUGAAUAUUUAUAUCAAAAUCAUCCCUGGAUCCGCCCGCACACUGCAUUUAUUCCGCAGAGAAUGAUUAAUAGCUUUCCUGAGGGUGCAUGCUCAGAAAAAGGGAAUGAUAGCCGUAUUCACUACAACAAAAAAGAACGUGAUUUUGUAGUAAAUAUGGCCGGCUGCGAAUGGGGCCGUGAUUGUUGGGGUGAAAUGUAUAAUUUCCGUGAGUUGAGCAAUUAUCUUAACCGGACGUGGUGGGAAAGGUUCAAAGAGGACUUUGUAGCGGUAGUUUGGGAGAAAGCCACAGGUCGAAAGAUCCGACUAUAA